UUUAGUGAUGUCUUAUCUUUCUGGUUGUUCUGUUGUAUUAUUUAAGUGCAAAUGGUUUGACACUAAUCGGUCUUCAGGAUUAAAGUUUGAGCAAAACAUAACGAGUAUCAAAACCAGUUCGGAGGCCUUCAAAGAUGAUAAAUUUAUCUUAGCAACUCAGGCUAACCAAGUUUUCUACAUUGAAGACCUUAAAAAUAAAUCUCAUUGGAAAGUCGUCCAAGAAGUGCAUCACAGAAAUGUGUGGGACAUCCCACUAGUUGAAGAACAAGCGGAGGAUGUAGAAGUAGAUGUUAUGCACGACACUAGUUCCUCUAAUUUCCAAUUAUUCGUUGAUCUUGGACCGUUGCCACAAAUCAGCUUUGAACGUACGGGGGCUCCAUUACAAUUUGUUGAGAUAGAUAAUGUUGCAAUUGAGGAGGAGAGGGAGGAGGAAAUGGAAGAAGAAGAGGAGGAGGAGGAAGAGGAAGUGGAGGAGGAGGAGGAGGAGGUUGAAUAUGAAGAUGAUGAAGAGGAAGAUGAACACAUAGAAACCGAUGAUGAUAGUGAAGAUUAUUAUAGUGAUAAUUAAGUGAUAUGGCUGAUGUUAUUGCUCAAUCUCACGGGGGUGAUGGUGGAGGAUGCGAUCCUCCACGUGGACCGGCAGAUAUCCCAGCUGAUUGUGAACGAGGUAAUAUUUUACACAUUGAUAUACUCCUUAAAAUUUAACAAUUAAUCCAUAUUAAUUUUAAAAUAUUGAAUUUGCAUACAAUAGCGCCUCCAAGUAAACGUGGACGCCAUAAGGGAUUGAACACGCGGGAAAAGAGGGAACAGUUGGGGCGUCCUCUCCCUCUCGAGUGGGAUGUGCGGGGGAGAACAUAUAAAGAGAUCGGAGAGUACAGCUCAAAUUUCUCAAGAGAGCUCGGAUUACUUGUUCGACAGUACACAGAUCCGGACUGUCCUCAAUGGUCAAAAGUACCAAAUGCCUCGAAAGAAAGAAUACUUGCACAUUUGGAAGUAAGUAGUUUAUGUAUUUUUAUGUUAAUUCUCAUUUUAUGUUAUAUAUGAUAUUUACUAAUAAAUGUUUGUAAAUUAUGAUGAUUUGUUUGAUAUUGGGCGUACUAGAUAUGGAGAAGGGCAUAUGCCUGGGAUCUUGAGAGGCAUUGAUACUUCGUGUGCUAAAAAGUAUUCUGACUGGAAGUACGAUAUUAAAGAGCACUUAACGAUUAAUGGGCCACAAAAUCGUUAUGGUGGUUGCACGGAUACGCAGUGGCAAAAAGCAAUUGAUUUUUUCCGUCGCCCAGAAAUUACGAAACGUUCUGUGGUCAACAAGGAAAAUAGAAAGAAAUUGAAAGAGCUUAGCUAUGGAGGUUCUCAGUCAAUCCCAGCCUUACGCUAUAAAAAGCGCAAUUUAGAGACUGGGCAACUUGAGUCCAUCCCGGAUAGCUGGAUGGAUACUCACCAUAAAUCAGGCACAGGGUGGGUGACAGAGACAGCAAAAAAUACUUGGGAGGAAUUGCGUGCAUACCGCGACACACAGCAGACACAGGCAACUGAUACUGAGAGUUCCACACCAGUUUCGAGUGCGCCUGAAGAUGAAGACAUAUCUUUGGUACAAAAUGUCUUCGGAAAACGACGGGGCCACCAGAAAGGAUAUGGACGUAUCCUUAACAUAAGGGACCGAACUCCAUUUGAUUUUCGUCCUUCACAAACUAGAGAUGAAGAGUUGUCUGAGAUGAGAGAGCGUCUUCGACAGUUAGAGGAGCAUGUCCGGACUCAUUGUAUCACCCCGGGAUCUCAAUCUGCCCCACCACCACCACCCGAUGAUCCUGAUGUUGGAGCACCGACUCAGUAGGACUUAUGUAUGAAUUUUAUUACAAUUGACUAUUACAUUAUCAUGUUUAAGACAAGUCUUUAUUUUAAUUCAACGAAUACACUCUUAUGUUUUUAUUUAUAUCUUUAAUAUAAGUGUUUUAAUUUUA